UCUGGCAGCUCGAACCUGCGAUAUUCAUUAUUUGUUUCAGAUGGAAUUCUGUUCACGAAAGGUCGAUGCAUGUCAACUGAUUGGCACGGUUCCCAGAAACGGCAUGCAAAUAUUUAGCUUUAUAUAUUAAUCAGGCACUGUUGUCAGGAAACAAUGAGGUAACGCCUAUUCCGUGAAAAGCUGCUUCCAAGAACUGAUCUUUUGCUCGGAGAAUUUGCUUGCUUCUUUAGACGAUAUCAUGGCCCUCGCGAAGAAAGACGUGGUCAUUGGAGGAGAAACCUUUUUCCUUGACCAAAUUCCUGACGCAAAGUCUGCUUUGGUUGCACUUAUCAAAGACGAUGCUCUGGGCGACGUAGACUUGAAAGGCCUUGUCACCGAUCUCUCCAAUCUCGGCAAAUUCAUUCGUGUCGCGUAUAAUGGAGUCGCGGGCCACACUGAGCUGCAGAUUAAAGUCGAACGUGUUGGUUUAAAGAUAGCUAAACUGGCAGGCAAGUCGGAUGUAGCCGUUCACAGUUUCAGGACCACAUCGAGGGAUGUUCUGCAAGAGCUAAAAGGGACCUAUGAGUAUCUCUUGGAUGGCUUGGAAGAAAUGGCGCUCGUGACUCUCUCUGGUUUAGCCACAUUGGCUGAGAAGAUGGCAAAGGCAUCUGAAGAGCUGCACAAGGACUUUGAAUUAGCCGCAGGUGAUGUAGAAAAUGCUCUGGAGGACACUCGGAAAUUUAAAGGUUUAGAAGAAGAACAAAGGAAGAAACUGAACAAGCAACAAGAGGAAUUUGCUAAGGAGUUGAAAAAGGCCGAACAACUAAAAGGGGAAGCCGAUGAGGCUGAGAGAAAUGCCGAGGAACUGUAUUACGAGGCUCAAAAACACGAAUAUAAAGCAUAUGACGACUACGGUAGCUUUAUGAAAACCGUGGUCGAUGGGCUCGCUAAAGUUUUGAAUGCAGGUGCAUUGGCAGUUUCUUUAGAACCUAAAAAGGCCUUGGAAAAGUUAUCACAGAUUGGAGACAAAACUGCCUACAAAGAGGCUAUGGAUAAAGCCCGUGAGGAGAAAAUGAAACAUUUAGAGGUAAAGCAGAAACAACAAGACAUGAGACGAGAAGCGAAUCAGCAGUGCAUCGAGUUUGCAGAGCGAAUCAAGAACUGCCGAAGUGACGAUGAACUUGCACAAGUCGCCAUUGAUGCCCUACAUAACUCGGUGGGAGCCUUGAAAUCCUAAGUGGGUAGCUUUGGACGAGGUUUGUGGCAAUUACAUGCAGCAGAUCAAAGACACACGUGGAGAUCUCUACAAAUACCUCGAAGAGAACCCAACGAUCGAGCAAUCCCGCCGAAACGUGCGUGACCUGGCCAUCACAUUUAUGAAAGAUUUGCAGAAAGCACAGAAUGACCUAGAGAAAAAAGACCUUCAGACAGCUCAAGAGAUCAAGGAGCUCAAGGAAUAAAAAAGCGCAUAUUUGAGGACUCUUUUCAUUUCAUUCUUUUCUCAUUGCUUAUGAUUAUUUUAUAAAGUCUUUAUCGGGAUUUAGGUUAGGUAGGAUAAGGUAGAUUGAAACAUAACAAACAUGAAUCAAAGAGAGAACGAACUUUCAGCACUGAAACGACUUUUAAAUUUAAUUUUCUUUUAUGAAAAUGCCUGAAAGUUUUCGAUUUAAAAUCYUGUAAAGUGUCYGGCUGCCAAUCUCGAUUUCCAUAUUGUAUGAAAUCGAUCWUUUUUUAGUGCAUUUCAAUUUCAUGUACUAGGUAUAUUACAUGUAGUAGUAAACACAUUUGAAGUUGUCAAAUAAAAAAAUCAUUUUGUUUCA